AUGACAUCUAUAUGUGAUUGUACAAGUUUACAUUUGACUCAAAAUGAUAAAUUUCUAGUAGAUAAAACAGAUUCAUCAUUCGAUUUAAUCACUGGUUGGGAAGGUUCGGCUAUUUCAAGACAUGGUUCAAUGAUACAAUUUGAUUGUUAUAAAUUUAUUUUUAGUUUAGUCAAUCAUUCUUUACCUUCCUAUCCAUCAUCAUCAUCAUCAGCAUCAACUUCAACAUGA